GCUCAGGCCUUGUCACGUGUUCCAUUAUGAAAAAUGGCCGACGGAGUAAGUGAAACAAACACAGCUGCUGAGGAAAGCGACGCCAAAGAAGAGGACCCCAAAGUUUUGGAAGUUCUUCCAGACAGCCACCCUGUUGGCGUUAGCAGCGAUGAAGAGACUUCAAAAGACAAACCGGCGACCGAGAGCAACUGGUCAACACCGAUCAUGUCGCUGGCACGGAAGGCAACCGAGACGAUCAGCAGUGGGGUCAGCUACGGUGCAGCGUUGAGAAACGCCACAUCUUCGGGAUCUGCCGCGAGCUCUCUGAAGUGUCCGACUAAACAAAACUCUACGGAGAAUGACACCAACGCUAACCAAUACCUACCGGCAGUGAAGGACCAUAUGGCUGUGGAGCGCUCCAACCUGUUCAGUAUGAUGAAGCUGAGUAUUAAGGGUCUGAUCCAGUCUUCUCUAAGUCUGGGCAGAACCCUGGACUCUGACUACCCUCCUCUGCAGCAGUUCUUUGUGGUUCUGGAGCAGUGCCUCAAACACGGACUGAAAGUAAAGAAGUCAUUCAUCAAUCAGAAUAAGUCUAUCUGGGGUCCUCUGGAGCUGGUUCAGAAGCUGUGUCCUGAUUCUACUGAUAUUACCACCAGUGCCAGAGACCUGCCAGGGAUAAAGACUGGGUUGGGUCGGGCUCGGGCCUGGCUGCAUCUGGCCCUGAUGCAGAAGAAGUUGUCUGACUACCUGAAAGCCCUGCUGGACAAUAAAUACCUCCUGGUUGAGUUCUAUGAUCCAGGAGCGUUGAUGAUGGAGGAGGAGGGAACAGUGAUAGGAGGGAUGCUGGUGGGGCUAAACGUCAUUGAUGCUAACCUCUGUAUCAAAGGAGAGGACCUGGACUCCCAGGUCGGGGUCAUAGACUUCUCCUUGUACCUGAAGGACCCUAUGACCACUGAGACCACUAAGGAUGAUACUAAGAUGACGGCCAUAUUGGACCAGAAGCACUACAUUGAGGAGCUGAACAGACACCUGAGCUGCUCUGUCUCUGACCUGCAGGCCAAGAUGGACUCCAUAGAGAAGACCAACGGCAAGCUCAUUGAGGAGUUGACAGCAGCGACAGACAGAAUUAACUCUUUACGGGAGGAACAGGAAACACUGAGACAUGAGAAUGAGACCAUCGUCCAGAGCAACCAGAAGAAAGAGGAGGUGACCCUGGAGGACAGUGCAGUAGAGCUGGAGACAUACAGACAGACACGACAGGGCCUGGAUGAGAUGUACAGUGUGGUCUGGAAACAGUACCAGGAGGAGAAACGCAUCAGACAGGAGUUGGAGAGGGAGCUGGAGCUGCAGGUAGGACUAAAGCAGGAGAUGGAGAUGGCCAUGAGGCUGCUGGAGAAAGACACACAUGAGAAACAGGACACACUGCAAGCCCUCCGACAACAACUAGACCAGGUCAAAACCCUCAACCUGCAGAUGUUCCAUAAGACACAGGACUGUGAGCGUGAGGCCCAGAGGAAGCAGGAGGAAGAGGGACAGCUGGAGGAGAAGAUAAACCAGAUGAAGACCACCAUUAAGGAGAUGGAGCAGAGCCCAUGUAUUUUCAGACUGCAGAACUCUGAGCGUGAUCGCAGACAAAGUGACCAGAUGGACAUGAGGACAGAGCUGGAGGGCAGGGUAGCCUCCCUACAGAAACAACUGUCUGACCUGGACACACUGAGGCUGGGUCUGGAGAGUGAUCUGUGCAGUGAGAAGGAGCAGAGACAGGCCAUUCAGAGAGCUCUACAGAGAGAACAGGACAACAGCACCGAGCUACGCACCCAACUACAGCAGAUACAGGGGCUACACACGGAGCUGCAGGAUGUUCGUCAGGAGAAGCAGCAGCUCCAGCAGACCUGUCAGGAGCAGGAGACGGCCUUACAGGAGAUGGGCCUACACCUCAGCCAGUCUAAACUGAAGAUGGAGGACUUCAAAGAAGUCAACAAAGCCCUGAAGGGCCAAGCCUGGCUGAAAGAUGAUGAGGCUACACAGUGUAAACAAUGCCAGAAGGAGUUCUCCAUCGCUCGCAGAAAGCACCACUGUAGGAACUGUGGAGAUAUCUACUGUAACAGUUGUUCUAGUAAUGAGUUGGCCCUGCCCUCCUACCCUCGACCUGUACGAGUCUGUGACAUCUGUCACUCACUACUGCUGCAGAGGAGCAGCUCUUCCUCCUGACGGAACACACACACACCUCUUCUUCCUCCUGACGGAACACACACACACACCUCUUCUUCCUCCUGACGGAACACACACACACACCUCUUCUUCCUCCUGACGGAACACACACACACACCUCUUCUUCCUCCUGACGGAACACACACCUCUUCUUCCUCCUGACGGAACACACACACACACACACACUUCUUCCUCCUGACGGAACACGCACACACACCUCUUCCUCCUGACGGAAUACACACUCACACGCUUCACUAAUAAUCUUUCUUCCCUCACUGUGCUCAAAGCCCACAGAGAACAUUUUAAUCAAAUUUGAGCAGGGAGGCUGUGUUAAGUUCUGUUUUGCCACUAACCUGAAAUUCAGGAUGUUUGGGCACGGUUGACUGUUGAACCCUCUGCCUUUUCUCAUCUCCCCUGGGUGGAUUUCAAAGUAAGAUGAAGAAUAGUUAGUUAGCCAGCUAAUUGUCAUGUUACUAACUCCAUAUUCCUCUAGGAUGCUGAAUUUAAAAUGAUAGUUGUGGGGUGGGGGGGUGUAGAGUAUGGAACACGUCAGUCUUUGUUGUAUUAUGAAUGACCCAGAAUGUCACAAUUGUGGGAAAAUGUUAGAUGAACUGACCUUCAAUAAUUUCAUUGUUGAUUCACUUAUAGACCUUUUCAAAACUCUUGAUUUAAAUGUCUGAGGCGAUUAUAUAUAGUUUCACAUGAUUCUUUCACUUCCAUUGAAGCAAAGGAACCAAGUUCAUUUCCUCAACCUGCCUUGCUGAACAAUUGUGGAUUUGUUGUUGUAAAUGACAGAAUGUUAACACAUACCAAGAAAGGUCUAUUUUACAAUGUAUAUAAAUAACGAUAAUUGUGACUAGUGCUACUAAACAGCCAAUUUCUGCCGAUUCAUUGGGGCUUGUUUUGAGCAACAUGUUUUCUAUAUAGAUAUCUAAUUUAAUAAAACAUAUCUGAAUGUG